AUGCGGCUGUAUCACCAGCGGCGGGAUAAGUUUGCGGGGGAGCAUCAGGAGGUUGCGGAGCGGGUUACCAAGCUGAUGCAUGUGCGGUUGGGGGUUUUUCUGGCCGCGUUCGUGUUGCUCAUUGCGGGGCUGGGCACUGGCGGAUUGCUGCAGGGGUUGUUGCUGCUGGCGGCCGUGGCAGUGUUCGCGGGCUUCGUGGUGGCCGUGGUGGUGCAUCGAAAGGCGAGCCGGCAACGCGAUGAGUUGGCCGUGCUGCGGGAUAUCAAUUACUACGCGGCUUUGCGAUAUCAGCGGAAGUGGAAGGAUCUGCCCGAGAACAAAACGCUGGGCUCGGGGCAGAACAAGGCGUUCGUUCGCGAUCUGGACGUCUUCGGUCAUGCAUCGCUCGCGCAACUGUUGGGCACGGCACAUACGCCGACCGGGCGGGCGACGGUUAGUCGGUGGCUGUUGGAGCCGGCGACUCCGGAGAAGAUAGUUGAACGCCAGCAGGCCGUGGCUGAGUUGGCUCCGUUGGUCGAUCUUCGUCAGCAGUUCGAACUGUUGGCCGUGCCGAUGUCGGACAACCCUCCGGAUACCGAGCCGUUUGUGCGAUGGGCCGAAUCGGAACCGUGGCUGGCCGAUCGCGGGGGCAUUCUCUGGACGGCCCGAGUGUUGCCGUUGAUCACGCUGUUUCUGGGUGCGCUGCAAUUGCUUGGGUUCGUGGAAAACAAUUGGUGGGCGUGGCCGACGCUGGUGGGGAUUGUGUUCAGCUUCUGGAAGCUGGGCCCUGUGCAUGAAAUUUUUUCGCAGAUCUCGUCGCGCGAGGGAGAGAUUCGCCGCUACGCGCAGUUGUUCGAGCUGGCCAGCACCUUUCCGACGGGUUCGGCAGAGUUGAAGCGACUGCAGAGCGAACUGUGCAUUAACGGGCAUAGUGCCGCUCAGCAGUUGGAUCGCCUGGCCCGAAUCGUGGCCUUGGCCGACAUGCGGUUCUCACCGAUGGUGUACCUGCCGGUGCAGGCAUUAACGUUGUGGGACUUCCACGUGCUGAACCUUGUCGAGCAGUGGCAGCAUGAAGUUGGGCCGCAUGCCCGCGAUUGGUUCGCGGCGCUUGGUGAGUUGGAGGCGCUGGCCGCGCUGUCGACGGUGGCCCACGAUCAUCCGCACUGGGUGUACCCGAAGGUGCAUGAAGACGCGCAGGCCGAACCUCGCGUGGUUGCUGAACAACUGGGGCAUCCGCUGCUACCCGAGACGACCCGGGUGGUGAACAACGUUGAGCUGGGUCCGCCGGGGCGUUUCUUGUUGGUCACCGGUUCUAACAUGUCGGGCAAGAGCACGCUGCUGCGCUCGCUCGGUUCGAAUAUCGUUUUAGCGCAGGCCGGUGGGCCGGUUUGUGCCGAGCGAUUCGAGAUGCCGCCCAUUCGCGUGGAAACGAGUAUGCGAAUUCAAGACUCGCUGGAAGAUGGCGUGUCGUUCUUCAUGGCCGAACUCAAGCGGCUGAAAGAGAUCGUGGAUGUGGCUCGCGAGCUGAGCGAAAAGGAUAGCCCCAAGCUGGUGUAUCUGCUGGAUGAAAUCCUCUUAGGCACCAACAGUGCCGAGCGGCAAACGGCCGUGCGUCGAGUGAUGGACCACUUGCUGCGGCAUCGUGCUAUCGGGGCGAUUACCACUCACGAUUUACAUCUGGCGGAAACCCCCGCGCUGGCCGAAGCGUGCCACGCGGUGAACUUUCGGGAAUCGUUCGAUCGCGAUGAGGAGGGCCGCCGGCGGAUGACGUUCGACUAUCAACUCCGCGAGGGAAUCGCCACCACCACCAACGCCCUGCGGCUGUUAGAAAUGGUGGGUUUGGGCGACGAGGAAGACUCUGAGGGUAAGUUCAUGAAUGCUUCAGUCGCAAAGCGUCGUCGAGCCGGGAUGACCCUGAUCGAGCUGCUAGCGGUCAUUGGCAUCAUCGGCAUUCUGCUGGGAAUCCUCAUUCCCGCGGUGCAAUAUGCCCGGGAGGCGGGACGCCGGGCGAACUGCCUUUCGAAUCUUCGUCAGAUCGGCCUCGCGCUACAGAUGUAUGUCGAUCAGCAGGGCGCGUUCGGCGUAUUUCCUUACGCCGCGAACUUGCCUAGCAUCACGCCACAUCGCCCCAGCUUGAUGGAGGUGAUUGGUCCCUUCAUCGAGAAGAGCGACGGAGCGUUCUAUUGUCCCAGCGACGAAUACUACUUCGAGCACGAGGGGACCAGCUACGAGUACGCCUCGUCUCGCUUGGAAGGGAAGACGCGCCCCGAACUGCUACGCGAUCAUCGUGGCGACAUUGUCUACUCAUCUUCCGACGUGUGGUUGGCCUACUGCUUUAAACCGUUUCACGGCGAUGAACAGACCGAGAAGUCGCGCAAUUUUGUUUACCUCGACGGUCGAUUAUCAAUGCGGCGCGAGUGCAGUGGCCGUAUAGGAGCCUCACUCAUGAACAGAAAAACCUUGCUGGCGUUGACCGUAAUCGUACUCGUGAUUGGGGGUGCCGCCUGGGCUGCCGCGUACUUCGGCGGAGAGUCGGACUUGGACCGUGUUCGUGCAUCGGCGCAGGAGAUGUUUGGCGACCGUGACGACGAUCUCUCUGAAGAAGAGCGUCGCAAGCAACGUGAUGACUUUCGGACGCAGGUCGAAUCUCUUUCAGAAGAAGACCGCCGGGAGUUGUUCAACGACUGGCGACAGCGAUCGAUGGAACGUUUCGAGGAGCACGUUGAUAAUCUCCUAGCCAUGUCGGAAGAAGAACGCGACGCCGCGCUCGACGAACAGAUCGACCGCGAAGAAGCGAUGCGGGCGAUCAAACCCGCGGCGAUCGCGGACGCGGGGGUUGGAGUAGAGGCCCUCGCGACGCCAACAGCCGAAACGAACGGCGUCGCGAGAUGCUCGACCACACGAGCCCCGAGUUCCGCGCUAAGAUGA